AUGGACCGCCGCCGCACGCCCGGGCUGUCGUCGCUGUCGUCGACGCGGCUGCAGACGCACCACUACACGUCGCACGGGGCGACGCUGCGCUCGCGCAACGCGCAGUCGCUCGAGACGCAGCUGGCCGUGUUCCAGUCGCUGGUGCACAACUUCGCCCUCACGCACAGCAAAGACAUCCGCGCCAACCCGGCCUUCCGCGCCGAGUUCGCGCGCAUGUGCACCGCCCUCAACAUCGACUUCCUCGCCUCGUCGUACCACAAGGCCGGCGGCCCGUCCAAGGCCCUGCCCGGCGCGAAGCCCGCGAAGCCCGGCGAGAGCAUCUGGGCCUCGCUGCUGGGCGGCAGCGUCCACGACUUCUACUUCAACCUGGGCGUGACCAUUGUCGGCAUCUGCCGCGCCACCCGCAGCGAGAACGGCGGCCUGCUCUCGCUGUCCGACCUGAAGACGCAUGUCAGUCGCGGCCGCGCCAUCGGCUCGGCCAUGGACGUGUCCGACGACGACGUGGCCCAGGCCGUCAAGGCCCUCGAGCCGCUGGGCAGCUGCUUCCAGAUUGUCCACAUUGGACAUCGCAGCCUGAUACGCAGCGUGCCCAAGGAGCUGAAUACCGAUCAGAGCACCGUGCUCGAGGCCGUGCAGGUCAUGGGCUAUGUGACGGUGAGCAUGCUGCAGCUGAACCUGGCCUGGGGACGCCCGCGCGCCGUGGCCGUGGUCGAGGAUCUCAUGGCCGACAGUCUGGUGUGGGUCGACACCCAGGCCGGCGAGAACGAGUAUUGGAGCCCGGCCUUCAUCACGGGUGGGGGGGUCAAGUAG